GGGGAGAGAGUUCAUUAGCCGGUGGUCAAGGACAAGCAGUGAAACUUCUUUUUUUCUUGUUAUUCUUCCUAUUUUCUUCGUUGAGUCUCUCUCUCUCUUUCAUUUGGUUCGUUACUUGCUUCUCAUUCCUCCCUGUUUCUUCGGUGUGUAUGGCCAACUGAGCGUGCAACGCUUGUUGUCUUCGUCCUUAACAGAUGUCGAUGGUGGUGGAAUUGCAAGACCCCGAAAGCUACGAGCACGCCGAUUGGCCAACUGGGCUAAGCUUCAGUUUGAUGCCCGUCGAAGAUGACAGCAACGACGGCCUCUCUGUGAGCGACACUGGCAUGGUGGUGUUACACGAUCGGCUCAUCACCGACACGACCAACAAAGUUUUGACUAACCCCAUUCGCCGCUACACCAACCGCGUUCAUCCCAAUUCGUCGUUGUACACUGAGGCUUCGCUCAUCAGUUCCAAGGAUCACACGAGCACGUUCAACAUCACCAUCGGUAGCCGAGGAGAGGUAGAAAUUUCAGAAGACACUGAUUCCACUACAGGAAUAGGAAACCCGUUUUGUGAUCCACUUUCAGUGGGCGUCAAGACGGAACCAGCUUCUCCGCGACCAGCCUCUCCUUCGACGUUCAUCGACGCCCAGUUUGAUUUGAAAAAUUCCCGCUCGGAAUCACGGAAGCGAUCCAUUUCGUUUUCCAACACUUCGUGCAACCGCGAACGACCCACUGCCAAGACGAAGGCAGUGCCUGGAAACAGCCGCCUAAUGCUGACAAGAGUCGCAAACACUUCGUGCUCUAAUAAAUCAGCUAGUUUUUUGUUGCCCCCUACGCCUCCGUCGUCGACGUCAAGUGACAGCGAAGGAAGUCUUUCUCCUGAAAGGGAAGCUGCCUCUCCCAAGUCGGAAGAAAGCAACGAAAACGCAACUAGAAGAUUAAAUCAGGCCGGACGCGUUCUCUUAACCACCAAGCCAUUACCCGACCUGUUCGGUAGCGGUAGCAGCCGCCACCCUAUUAACAGCCCUCUCAUCAGCUACCAACCUAAAGGUUCAACUGGAGUGCUUCAACUGACAGAGGAAGAAAAAAGAACUCUGUUAGCUGAGGGCUAUCCAGUGCCAACUCGACUGCCCCUAACGAAAGCCGAAGAAAAAUCAUUGAAAAAGAUCCGCCGCAAGAUUAAAAAUAAAAUCUCGGCUCAGGAGUCUCGUCGAAAAAAAAAAGAAUACAUGGACACGCUUGAGAGACGGGCUCAAGUGCUGGCCGACGAAAACAGCGACUAUCGCCAGCGGCUGCACAAGUUGGAGACGGACAAUGCGGCCCUUCAGCUUCAACUGACACGCCUCAAGCACCUCUGUAGUAAACGAUCCAACAGCGGGGAUCUAAAUUCUCAUCAAAUUGAUGAAAUGUCUAUACCUAUUAAAGAAGUCGAUGACUGCUUUUCAACUAGAGGCUAAACGUUUGUGACUGACAGAUGAAAUGAGCCUGUCAAAAAUCAUUCCGUCCAUUUUGUUUGGAGUAGGAAAUACCUGAUACUCCGUUGCACAUCUGUAAUAGCUAGUCUUUAAAAAAAAACUAACAAAAUAUUCUGAUUUGAAGACGUCGAUCCUGAUUUUUUUUUUUUUGGCAUUACGCUCCCUCAUGCGCGCAAUCGGCUAUUACUGCGACGGAUUUCAUUCAUUCUCCUAUUCUUAUUAAUAGAUAAACAAAACGUGGGGUAAGCUGUUUGUUAUUUUGCUGGAUUAUGUUUUUUUGAAGACUAGCGCGUGCAAUCGGUACACGCCAAAAAAUAACUUCUUUUUUUAUCUGUUCUCAUGUUUAUUCACGUUCUCUGACACCUUAAACGUUGUUGUUUCCAUUACUGUUUGUUUUCUGUGUUUUCAUUUUUUUUUUUUUUGCGUGCUUUUUUUUUCCUAAAAAAAAGGUGAAGCAUUGAACAUGGUGACUGGUUUGAAAUAGUGUAUGCUAUUUUCUACAUAUUUUUGACCCGUGUUUUGUUUUUUCAAUUGCUGUUGAUUUCGUUUUUUUUUUUCAUGGGAUUCUUAAACUUUCAUCGGUUAUACUUGGGAUCACGUAGCUAUCAUCAUCGCCUUUCAUUUUUUUUUGCUCCGUUUUGUUUGAAAUUUCUGUUCCUUUUUUCUAUUGUUAUGUAUCGUUUGUUUCAGGGCACGCAUUAUUAUUACACGAUUGAUUGCUUUUUUCUACAAA